UUUUCUGCUCUUAGCCUGCCUGUCAGUUCACCAGUAAAACCUGCAUAUGUUUAACCUUUAUUGGAUACAUGGGUUAGCUCACGCCCAUGUUAUUAAGACUCUGAGGUCAUAUCUGUGAGUGUGUCACAGACCUGAGACCAGCAAUUCAUUCCAAUGGUUUACACUGGGCCCACUAAUCGGACACCAUGUGUUCAAAGUAACCUACAGCGCCACCAUCCAGUAUGUGGCGACCUGUAUGCGUUUUAAUAACAACAGACUGCGCAGAACUAGCGCAGCUACGACCUGGACGACGGCUCCUAAGCGCCGACGUUUUUCCAGUAAUAAACGUCCAAAGGAAGGAGCAGGCGCAAUGAUGUUUGAGAGGAUACAGACGGGACGGACCUCAGUGCGCGAGGAAAGGGAAUACACACAUCUUUGCGGAUAAAACAAGAUUGAUACCCGAAAAGCACCCCGGCGAUGGUAUCUCGUUGAGGUUUGACGUACAUCAAUGGUUUUGUGGUUUUGGAUCAAGACCGCAGAAAGUAGUUCAGCGGCUGUAAUGUCAGCACGAGCCGAAGUGAACAACAGCAGAGAGCGAGUUGACUGUGCUGGGAACACAGCAGACAUACCGUGUCCAGCUCGUUUGUGCGAACUAGUUUGAAUUUGAAUGACUUAUCUUCGUCUCGCCACUGAAACUGGGCAGUGCGUAUGAACCAUGUGGACUCGCCUCGGACUGUAGACCUGAGAUGGCCUUCUCUUGCCUGUUCUAGUUCGUAAUGACGAUGCAUGGCGAUUUGGGGAGUUUCUGUGCUUUUAUGCUGUAUUUAUGAGGUUAUGGGGCAUAUGACUGUGUCCUGGGAUUUCAGAUCUCCCUCCAGCGUCUGGACUUCUGUUGUAAUAGCCUACACAUAUAUUCAAAUAUCACAUGCACUGAAAUCAAAGCCGCUGCUAACGUUAGAUGUUAGUUUGUCUCGCAUUAAGUGAUUUCAUACUAAAUCUUUAACGUUUUCACACGUUUUUCUGUCAUCUGUUAUUGCACCUAUACCCAGUGUACAUUUGGGAACAUUUGUAGUUUUUUUGCUUUGAACAAAAUCGUUGGAGCUGACCAACAGACCCCAUGUGGACAUCUGAUCUCCCUCCUGUGUUUACGUGUUUGCAGCAUAUCAGCAUCCCUAAAUCAUCUGCAAACACUCUUUAGAUAAUUGCCUAUCGGGUUCCAUUGGAAGAGAUCACAUUGCAAACAUGAAUUAUCAGCAACACCUGGCGAACUCAGCCGCGAUCAGAGCUGAGAUUCAGAGGUUCGAGUCUGUCCAUCCGAACAUCUACUCGAUCUACGAGCUGCUGGAGCGGGUGGAGGAUCCGCUGCUGCAGAAUCAGAUCCGAGAGCACGUUAUUGCCGUUGAAGAUGCCUUUGUCAACAGUCAGGAGUGGACACUCAGUCGCUCCGUACCAGAGCUCAAAGUGGGCAUUGUGGGUAACUUGGCCAGUGGGAAGUCUGCCCUGGUGCACAGGUAUCUGACAGGGACGUACGUGCAAGAAGAGAGCCCUGAAGGUAGGUGUUUUGCUAUCAAAUAUGCAGGAGGACGUUUUAAAAAGGAGAUUGUAGUGGAUGGACAAAGUUACCUCCUCCUAAUCAGGGAUGAAGGGGGACCUCCGGAGGCUCAGUUUGCGUUGUGGGUAGAUGCGGUGAUUUUUGUGUUCAGUCUGGAAGAUGAGAUCAGCUUUCAGACGGUCUACCACUACUAUAGUCGCAUGGCCAACUACCGCAACACAGCAGAGGUGCCCCUGGUGCUUGUGGGAACUCAGGAUGCUAUCAGUGCAGCUAAUCCUCGUGUCAUCGAUGACACCCGCGCUCGCAAACUGUCCAACGACCUGAAGAGGUGCACAUAUUAUGAGACCUGUGCGACCUACGGCCUCAACGUGGAGCGCGUCUUUCAAGAUGUGGCUCAGAAAAUAGUUGCGACCCGGAAGAAACAGCAACUGUCAAUCGGACCCUGUAAGUCACUGCCCAAUUCUCCAAGCCACUCCUCCGUCUGCGCAGCGCCUGUGUCUGCAGUGCAUAUCAGCCAGACUAGUAAUGGUGGAGGCAGUUUGAGCGAUUACUCUUCUUCCGUGCCAUCCACUCCCAGUACCAGUCAAAAAGAACUACGUAUCGAUGUACCCCAAACCGCCAACACCCCUACGCCCGUCCGCAAACAGUCCAAACGGCGCUCCAACCUCUUUACGUCUCGGAAGGGAAGCGAACCAGACAGGGAGAAGAAAGGGAUGGAUGGCCGCGCAGACAGCAUUGGAAGUGGCCGCGCUAUCCCAAUUAAACAGGGCAUGUUGCUGAAAAGAAGCGGCAAGUCACUGAACAAAGAGUGGAAGAAGAAAUACGUCACGCUUUGUGAUAACGGAGUCCUCACGUAUCAUCCUAGUCUGCAUGAUUAUAUGCAGAAUGUUCAUGGGAAGGAGAUCGACCUGCUGCGGACUACAGUGAAGGUUCCAGGGAAGAGGCCCCCCAGGGCCAUCUCCACAUGUGCGGCCCCCAGUCCCAAAACCAAUGGGCUGACCAAGGACAUGAGCAACCUGCAGCUUGGACAGACACCAGGCUCUGUGACCAGUAGUUCUUCUGCAUCUCAGAUGGCGAGUGGCAUCAGUCUGGUGUCGUUUAACAGUCGGCCAGAUGGGAUGCAUCAGCGCUCAUAUUCUGUGUCCAGUGCUGACCAAUGGAGUGAUGCCACAGUCAUCGCCAACUCAGGAAUAAGCACGGAUACCGGUCUGGGAGAUUCUGUGUGCUCCAGUCCAAGCAUAUCCAGUACCGCCAGUCCUAAGAUGGACCCGCCUCCAUCGCCUCACGCCAACCGCAAAAAACACAGGAGGAAGAAGAGCACCAGCAACUUCAAGGUGGACGGCUUCUCUGGAAAUGCAGAAGCAGCCAAACGUAGGGCAUGGAAACUAAAUCGCGUCGGUAGUCUGCGCAACAUUUACAGCAGUGCCUCCAACGCUGAAGAACAAGAAGACAACUUUGAGUUCAUCAUCGUUUCUCUGACGGGACAGACCUGGAAUUUUGAGGCAACGUCCUAUGAGGAGCGGGACGCAUGGGUUCAGGCUAUUGAGAGCCAGAUUCUGGCGAGUCUACAGUCCUGUGAAAGCAGCAAACAGAAGUCUCGUCUGAGCAGCCAAUCAGAAGCCAUCGCUCUGCAGUCUGUCAGGAACAUGAGAGGAAACACGCGCUGUGUGGAUUGUGAAGCCCAGAACCCUGAUUGGGCCAGUCUGAACCUGGGGGCUUUGAUCUGUAUAGAAUGUUCAGGCAUUCAUCGGAACCUGGGUACUCACCUGUCUCGUGUCCGCUCUUUGGACCUGGACGAGUGGCCUCUAGAGCUCAUCAAGGUCAUGUCAGCCAUUGGCAAUGAGUUGGCUAAUAGUGUGUGGGAAGCCAAUGCUCAAGGACGCCUAAAGCCUGCCCCUGAUGCCACCAGAGAGGAACGUGAGCGCUGGAUCAGAGCCAAAUAUGAGCAGAAGUUGUUUUUGGCGUCGCUGACAUGCACAGAGCUGACUUUGGGACAGCAGUUACUGCGGGCCACGGCGGAGGAAGACUUGCGCUUCGUGGUCAUACUGUUGGCCCAUGGCUCCAGAGAUGAGGUCAACGAUACCUGUGGGGAAGGUGAUGGCCGGACAGCCCUACACCUGGCCUGCCGCAAGGGGAAUGUUGUGAUCACGCAACUGCUCAUAUGGUACGGCGUUGACAUCAUGGCACGGGAUGCUCACGGCAAUACGGCACUGGCAUACGCACGGCAGGCUAACAGUCAGGAGUGUAUGGACGUCCUCCUGCAGUAUGGCUGUCCUGAUGAGCGUUACCCACUCAUGGCCACCCCAAACCUGUCACGCAGGAACAAUAACCGCAAUAACAGCUGCAGCAGCAUGAACAGUGCAGUUAUAUGAGAAGUACACUCACAUACACAUGAACAUGUAUUCUGGCCAGCACUCCUCCUCCCUCCCUACACACACCUUCAUAUGUACAGCUGCACCACUACAUCAGAAUCAUGAGACUAUACCAGACUCAAGGCACUGAUGAUGACGAUGAAGAAGCAUGAGCAGAGCUACUGUGUUUGCCUGGCUUUACAAUCCAACUGGUUGAAAAAGUUGUCAUGGGCAAGGUCUUGGCCAAUCAUGUGUCAUCCAUCUUUUUUUUGUUUUUGGGAGAGUGUCCCACAUCCAAUGUCUCGCUGCAUUGUGGAACACAAAUUUAAACAAUCCCGGACUUUGGUUUUCUGACUGCGCCAGUUUAAGCUACCAAGUGCAUGAUGGGAGAAUAGAGUGUGGGUUUGGUAACUGAUGAGCAGGUGUCACAGUGUUCCCUGUCUCUAAUAGAUGACCAAGCAAGACAGGAAAUGAUGGGGCAGCAUGGGAUACUUUUACGCUGGAUCUUCAAAAUGACUCAGAAGAACCAGAGAACUUCACUUGGUCGCCAUGUGUGUCUGGACAUGUGUGUCUCAACACUUUGACGCUGAUUUUUCUGUCUGAUCUCAUUCUCGCAGACUUUUCUUUGAAUCUGUUCUUAGUCUUUUACAUCAAGUAUGUCCAUUAUGUCUUUUUUUUUUUUUUAAAGGAAUGUGAAAGGAUGUAAUGACUAUUUUUGGAAAACACCCAAAUAUUGAGUCCUAAGUUUGAAUCUGACAUGGUCUUUUAAACUGUUUUGGUUUUAACAUUGUUGAGUAGCGUUUGUUUAAGUGCUCGUUACUGGACCAACGGAAGAUUCUUAAAAACAAGUAUUUUAAGAUUUAUGUUUCUCAGAAGUAAAAGGGAAUUGCGUUUUUAUUUAGCAGAUUUUUUUUUAUCUUUAAACACAUUAAUCUAGCCUUAUAUGUUGCCCAUCCAUCAGCUCACUCUUUACUUGAGCUCACAGUGAAGUGUGCAGACAUUUCAGAAGUGAAAUAACCCAGAAUUUAGAAGUGCAGGGCUGAAGCUCAGUCUGACCUCAAGUGUUCAUCAUGAAAAUCUCCACAGAAUAUCAGGAAAACGCAGGAUUUUUGUUGUGUAAAGUCUGCUUACGGUGGCCGUUGCUUUCAUACAGUGACGUGCCUCUCUCAGGUCAUCUCCGUCUGUUGCUGUUCACACACUUUACACUGCAGAGUCCUGAACCUCAUGUAUCUCAAAGAAGAGAAGGGCUCUCUGGGUCUUCAGUCCCGAUCUGUACAUACUCUUCAUCCUUCUCUCUCUCUCUCAAUCUAUUUUUUUUUCUAAGUAGUGUCCUAAAUAGAAAAUCAUUUCAAGAAAACCCUCCCCCUGACAAAAGGUGUUAUUAUAUAUUUUGACCUCACACCCUUCUUGUUUCAGUGCAGUCUGAAGUUGCAAGUGUGCCUGUUUGAGUCGAGUUCACUCUUUCUGCUCCCUUUCUCUGAAUCGUAGAUAUCUUAGUUUUCCUCUUUGCCUUUGUCUUCUUCCUUUAUCAUGUGUCAAGGAGUAUUAAAGCAAUACGAAGUGAAAAUUCAGCCAGGUAGACACAUGAGUAAUAGUUUUUCACUGCGUUUUGGACGUCACCACAGCAAUCUGAGCUGCCGUUGUUAUUGAGAGACGUAAAGCCGAUGUAAGACUCUGUCUCAGGGCGUAUAUAUCAUUACUGGAGAUCCCAUGAAGGCUUUGAUAUUGACUCAUUCCAUAAUAUGAUUUGAUGGGCUUUGAUCAUUUAAUCUCAGCUCCCAUUGAUUUUACUCUUCACUAGGUAGUAGAAAUGUGAAGGUACUUGGCUUAGGGUUGAAGAUGGGAGAAGAUCUGUGUUGUAGAAUGUAUAUUCCGCAAUACAAACGAUCUGGAAAGUCUUUAAGCUAGUUGAUAGACAUUUGGGACUGUGUAGAGAAUCUUGACUAGUUUUUCUGAGCUUUCGAAGGAAAGCGGUGAGAGUUGAAAAGAGAGAAACGUUGAGGUAUGUUGAUUUUCAGCUCAUAAGGGUGCCGUUUUCGCCUUGUGUGUGUAUAUAGAGCGUAGCAGGCCUUUAGAGGCUUUACCACAAUAACCAUUAUUUAUGACUAAAUGCACUACAGAACACAGAUCACUUGUUGUGAAGAACCCACAAUAUAAUGUCCACUCUGAAUCAUUUUUGUGGAAAAACUGUUGUUUUUGAUCUUUUUGCAUGAAUGGAUGUAAAUGUUCUCUUCCUUGUGUAAUUGUCUUCGUCUUCAUAAAAAUGACUGUACCCUGACAGGUGACGCUAAAGAGUCUGCCAUUUUAAUAUGAAAAAAUACUUUAUCAACUUGUGAACAUUUCUUUUUUUUUUUUCUUUUUUUUUUAGUCUGUCCUCCCAUCUGCUUCUUUUGUAAUUCCUUGGGAAAACCUCUUUUUGGAUCAUCUGUCCAUCUGUAACUGAAUAAAGAAAGCAUGAAUGAGCAAAAUAAACAAAAAUCCAACCAAUACCGUAACAGCAACCAAAGCAUCACGUCACCCCUGGCAAGCAAUUAAUGCAGACUUAAAGGGGGCUUUAUCAGUACGUUCCAAGUUGCUUGAACAUAUCCUGAGUUUUAUUUGCGUUUCCAUUCGCCAGUCGUCGCUUUGUGUAAAUAGAUGUAAAAAUUGAGAAAAACAUAGUGUUUUUACCUUGUUUUUGUUUGUUACCUCAUUUCAAUGACCGUCUCCAUGUUACCUUCAAACCCAAGAGACCCGUUUAAUUAUUUAUGAAUAUGCUAAUCUGAAAGGGGAGGAGCUCUCUCACACUUCUUGGGUUUUGCAUUCGUUCCUUUAUUCAGUCCAUUGGCAUCACAACUAUCAUUCUGAUUCGAAUUAUUGGUGUUGUAUUUCUAAUUAUUAUUGUUAUUAUAUUGAGUUUGUGUCAGCUGUACAGUACAGUGUUGAAAAAUUAUACCUGAUGCAGAGUCUUAUACUGUAUGUGUCUCUUUUCAAUAAAAAGCUUCUUAAUAUAA